CAUAAACCAACGGCCAAAAAAUAUGUUUAGUUGGGGCAUGUCCGUAUUACAAGCUUAUCUACAAAAAUCAUUAGUAUUUUGUUUUGCCUUCAUAUAUAUAUCUCUCUUUUACACCAUUUUUUUCUAAUUGUCAUCAUUCUUUCACCCAACAAAUGCAUCUCUGAUUUGCUACAUUCAAAUCAGAGAAAAAAACAAUUAUGUUUAUAUCUUUGAGCUGAAAAAAAAAAGAAAUUAAUUCCGAGAAUUUGCAGCAAAAAUGGCUAUGAGUGGCGUUUACGUAAUUACAGCACCGGCUGCAGCUGCUGCAAUGGGGCUCUACUUCUUUGGUAGAAAUAAUCUCCCAAACAACCAGGAAGUUGGAGGUGCAGGAAUAGGGGCGAAUAUGAAGAAAGAAGUGAAGAGUGGUGGUGGCGGCAGCGGCGGCGGAGGCGGCCCAAUGUUGGCUCCACAGUUUGAUGGUUUACACUGUUUUGAAACUAUUGUACCCAACUGAAUAUAUAUUAUAUGAAAUUCAUUUGUCUUUUAAUUAAUUAUUUGUCCAUAGAGUUUUUUUUUUCAGUUACAUUAGAGAAGUGCACGCAAUUGGGCGUGUUUGAUGACUAGCAUCUGUUUUAGAUUUUAGUUAUGUUCAUAAGUUGUAUGGAUUCUUUAUUUAUUUACUCUGGAAUUCAAUUAUUAUUGAGAAAAUGACCGAGUUCUGUU